GCUGCUGCACUGGGGCGGAAGAAAAGAGGUGGCCCUCCAAGGCCUCAUCUUUGUGUCCUCAGCAUGGUGGCAGGCCCAGUGAGCUGCCCUACGCCUCCCUCCCCCCCCAUCCAUCCCAGCCUUUUCAUCCUUCCCAGACAAGACACAAAGCCACAGAGGCGGCCCCUCCUCCGGCUCCAGCUGAGCUAGCUUUUCUGUCUUCUGGGCGUUGGAGCCCAGCCCCUGCCCAGCAGUGCUGGCCCCAGGCAGCUGCCCAGGUGUCUUAAAGGCCCAGCUUCUCCUCCGUGGCGCAGAGCAAGGGGCGGCAGGGCAGAGAAAGGGCUGAGACACGGGGCUUCAAGAGAAUCUAGUCACCGGGUGGAGGAUGGUUCCCCUCGAAGCAGGAUCAGGCCAUUGGACCACUCAGGGCUCGCCUGGUGCUGGACUCCCGCACGCCCAUGCCCUUUCUGCCAAGGUGUUUCUGAGGCUGCAUCCAUCCAUAUGCUUGUUGGUCCGUUCACUUGUUCAUUCACCAUCUUACUGGGAGCCCUGGGCCUGCUGCUGGGCCGAACAACGUCAAGACAUCGUGCUUCCCCAGGAGGGCUCACGGGCUGGGCCAGGAGGCCAGUAAUCCGGAUCCUUUGGGCCCAUCCUCCCAGCAGGUCCUGAAGCACUGAGACAGGCGAGGUUGGUGACGGUGCAGAGUGCCCCCAGCUACCCCAAAGCAUUCAGCAGCCUGGGAGAGCUGACUCUGAGACAAGCCUGUCCUGCGUUUAAGCAGGCUUCCUUCCGGGCCCUCCACUCAGAGAUUCUCCAGUUGCCACAGGUUCCUGGUCAGGAUGGUGGAUUGAGGUGCUAUGGGAAGCUCUCUUUCUAUGUACAGACACACAGAAGUGCUGGAUAGAAUAUAACCAUUUAAAAUAAUCCAGUCAAGGUCAAAAACAAAAAGGUAGGGGCAGCCACGUGACGCAGUUCUGGCCAAGUUGAUGGAGGUACAAGUUCUGGCGGGAGAAGGUGAGGGAGCCUCUCCCUGAAUAGAAUGGCAAAGCUCACUAGAAGAAAAUCCUUCCCACCCCCAAUAUCACUGGUCCUUCUUAUGCCUGGACAGCAGACAUGAGGCCUGGAGGUGCAGCAGCCAUCUUGUAACCAUGAGUCAGCAACAAAAAAGCCGGGAGUGCCGGCCGGGGGGGCCGCCCUGCCGCAUGUAGCUGCCGGCCUGUGAGUGGGAGGACGAGGACCAGGCGAGCAUGGGGACCAUGUCCUCCAUGGGCAGCUUUUACCAGUCCGGGAGCGAGUGUGAAGUGGAGGAGAACCUGAAGGUUAGGGCCUGGGCCCAGGAGUCGGCCACCGGCUACCAGUGCAGCGGCGAGUCCUCAGAAGGGCCUGCCAGCACCUUCGACUCGGACGUGCCCCACGUUGUCCCCUGCAAGUUCAUCAUCUCUCUGGCCUUCCCAGUGACCGCGGGUCACAAAGGAAAAUAUUCAAGUUUGGUUGCACAGUACAGGAGACACCCUAAAAUGGACAAACCUAUUGCAAAGGUUCGCCAUUACUACCACAUCGAGUACUUCCUCCUGCCUGGUGAUGGGGAGCCUAAAAAGGUCGAUGUGGUGGUGUUUCCAGCCUUGGCCAAAGUGUUCCUGGAUUCAGGAAUAAAGACUAUCAGGCCAUGGCAAGAAGGGGACAGGGUCUGGGUGUCGUGGACCCAAAGUUUUAACAUCAACAUGACAAAGGAGUUACUAAAGAAAAUAAAUUUUCACAAAAUCACCUUGAGGCUCUGGGACACCAAGGACAAGGUUUCGAAAAAAGCCAAGAAUUAUCGAUUAAAACCUUCUGGGUUUCUGGAAGAUGCAGGAUCUUUUGAGGAGGUGAAACAUUUGGUUUUAAGUCAGAGAAGAUCGUCUGAACAGGGCAUUCACAUCAAAGCGAAGCUGCAUCAGGACCACACACCAGGGAAGCCAGAAAAAGCAAGAAAAUGCUUAAGGUCUGGACAUGCAGAAAAGGCAACUCUUCCCAAGACCACCAAGGACGAUGAAGAGCUGCUCAGGACGGAAGAUCUUGACACAGUACGAUGUGGUACUUCAAGACCAGUUAUUGCUUUGGGAGGGGCAACCAUGACAGAGAUGGAGGAGUUAAUUGAGAGGCCGUCAUUUAGCAGCUUAACAAACUUGUUGGAAAAGCAAACAUUUCAAAUUAAACGGAAAGAAUCAGACGCGGGGAGGAAAAGCCAGAGGAGGAGGGAGAAAUCUCGCAUGGAGACAGACUCCAGGCUGGCAGGCCACGGGAAGCAGGGCACGUUCGCCAUGCAGCUGGCGGUGAUGCCGCUCCUCGCAGGAUGGCAAACUGUCGUGAGUCAUGGCAGUGGGAGGUCGGCCAACGUCUUAGAUUGUUUUUUGACCCUAAAAACAGAAGUUCCCCUCAUGACUGAAGAGCAAAAGCGGGACUUAAACCCCCUGACCAUAGAGAUCAAGUGUGUUUCCUGCCUUCCAUCACGGUCUGUGUCCUUCAGUGAACUAGAGCGGCUGUGCACCCCCGUGUACUGCAGGUACCAGUUCUACAGGACCCCAGUGCACAGGACUGAGGGCCAGCCCCAUGGGACCCACGUCUACUUCCAGGAUAUCAACGUCAUCUUCCUUGGGGCCAUGCACCCCAGCGACCUGAGGGAAUACCUGGAGGGCCCCCCGAUGGUGGUGGAAGUUCAUGACCGGGACCGCAAGUCAGAGGGGUAUUCCCGCAAGCCCGCCCUGUUUGGGGAGGACCCGCUGGAUUCAUACCUCAACCUCCAGACCCUAAUUUCCCCGAAAGAGACGGAGAACAACCCCUUUGAAACCCAGGAUAAGAUGUGGGACCCUUACGGGGUUGCCCAGGUCAGCUUUGCCGACCUCCUCCUUGGCCAGAAGUACUUGAACCUGGUUGUCCCCGUCCACAGCUGCGAGCCCAAGGCCACGCGCCUCGGCCAUGACAGCAGGAGCAGGAAGGCGGUGGGGUUGCGGGUGCCUGGAGACGGCCUGCGGCACAGCCCGAUGCCCCCGGGCGACUACCUGGAGGCCAGCUGCCUGCUGAAGCUGCGGGCGGGCGUGGCGGUGCCGCUGUGGGCCGGGACCGAGGCCCUGGACGCCCACCCCACGGCCUCCCAGUUUGGCCGCGUCAUCUUCGUGUUCACCUCCAGUAAGCUCUCACUCCUGCACGGCCUGCUGCAGGACGUCGCCGUGAUCAACGCCGGGGCCCUGGGCCUGGACUCCUGCCCCGUGGAGGAUAUCCAGCAGAUCCUGUCCGCCUUGAAGAUGCCGGCGAAGAUCCAGGAGCGGCCGGACCUGGACGUGCUCACUGGCUUCCACCUGCUGGACGGGCGGGGCCACCUCCUCAUCCUGGAGGGCUUGGCCGACCGGGGCCUGAGGCGGCUGUGGGAGAGCCACCAGAGCAGGGUCCCGCAGGCAGAGCCCGGCUCCUACAAGGCGCUCUACAACUCGCAGCUGCGCUUCCGCCGCCGCCUCUACGCAGACCUGGAGACCGUCCCGUACCACGUGCACCUGUCCCGGCCGCUGGCGCAGCUGAUGAAGCACGCAGUGCUCUACGUGCGCAACACGGUGCCGCGGCAGGUCUUUCAGGCACUGAGCAGGAUCUACUGCAUCUGCCAUUACAGCUCCAGGCUCAGGGAGGUGAUCACCGGGGACCUGCUGCCCUCCUCCUCCAUGAUCAAGGGGCUGAGCCAGGAGUUUGGGCUGCCCAUUUCCCCGGAAGAUCUUACAGAGGGAAAACUGCUGGCUAUGUCCCUUCCUCCUGCCCCCAAUCUGGAGGACUUCCAGAGCCGGAAUUCCACCCUCACUUCUGAGAUCCAGGCCCACCAGGAGAAGUGCCUGCAGUGGCGGAACACCAUGGUCCUGAAGAACAGAGACCAGAAGUACAGCCUGAUCCAGGAGCCGAGGAGGAGACUCACGUACUCCCAGAGCUACCUGUCAGCCACAGUGGAGCCUCAGGAUUCAGAUGAGGAGACGAGAAAAGCCGAGAGGAAGUCCCGUGACGCCUGGCUCACACCCAACAGGUUCCAAGUGACCGGUCUUCACAGCACAGGCAGGACACAUCACCUGGGGCUGCCACCCCUCGGCGCCGUCACAGAGGAGUGGAGGGAGAAAGCGCUGUUUGCUAACAUACUGGAGUCAGUGCUGCACCGAGAGAGCAGGGGCUGGGACCGGCGCCCCCAGGACUUGGAUGUGUACACACAGCCGCCGCCGGCCCCUCCAGCACCAAAGCCCGGGACAGACUGGUUCUUAAAGGCCGCCUCACAGCUGCAUGAACAAACUUACGUCACAGCCCCUUCGUGGUUGAUUCUCAGCUUCACUUACCACAAGAACAAGAGGAGGAGAGGACUGGACACCAGGCCCCAGUCCCCAGGAGGAUGGAAGGCCUGGCCAGCUCAGCCUUACCUGAAAGGGCUCGUGAGCCUAGGCGUUCCCUCCCACCCAGGCCUGAUCCUGCUGCGUGGUCACCUUCCUACCGCAGAGCAGUCCCCUCCCACAACUACACUCCAGGUACGAGACACGGCCGUCCCCGCAGCCCCCGUCGCUGACUGCCUCUGCGCCCCGAUGAACCUCCUACUUGACCGCACGCGGCAUCGGCACUCCCCGGGCCUGUGGUCAUCCUACCCGCCAUCGCUGGGAUCACCCUAGCAUGUCGCGCUUUUCAGUGCUGAGGCUGACUGGCAGGCAAUCCCACUCAUCACAAGAUAGGGCUUUAGAAAUCUGUUUUUCUUUUGCAUACUAAAACCAUCACUUCUCACCUAACACAAUGGAAAAAAAUUUUUUAAUGCAGAGUUGGAAAGGACUGGGGAAAGACCUUACACACAGUCCAACCGUCCAGCAGGCAACAUGGCAACAUGGACCAAGAACUUAAAAAUGACCACGUCCUCUGACCCAGAAACUUGACUGGUAUUUAAACUCAGGAGGUGAUGAGAGAAGUGUGCAAGUUAUGUAUAAGGAUACAUGCCAUGCAGUGCAGUCCCGAGUGGGGAAGAAGGGAAACUGCGCUAAAUGCUCGAUCCUGGAGACCCAGGGACAGUGAAUGUGGCGUCCCCACAUGAGGAAGUGCUGUGUGGUUCUGAACCUCAGCACAUCAAAUUCCCCAGCAUGAAAAGACUGUGAGGGCUUGCUGAUAAGUGAGGAAUACCAGCUGCCACCUCUCACACACACACACACGCACGCAGAAAUAUUUCAGUGAUGUAAGCUAUUUAAAAAGAUCUAGAAAGACAAGCACCAAAAGUGUGAACAGUGGAGACAGCAGAAGCAAGAAGAACUGCAAUCCUGCAGCCUGUGGAACAAAAACCACAUUCACAGAAAGACAGACAAGAUGAAAAGGCACAGGGCUAUGUACCAGAUGAAGGAACAAGGUAAAAUCCCAGAAAAACAACUAAAUGAAGUGGAGAUAGGCAACCUUCCAGAAAAAGACUGCAGAAUAGUGAUAGUGAAGAUGAUUCAGUACCUCGGAAAGAGAAUGGAGGCAAAGAUCGAGAAGAUAUAAGAAACGUUUAACAAAGAUCUAGAAGAAUUAAAGAACAAACAGAGAUGAACAAUACAAUAACUGAAAUGAAAUAUACACUAGAAGGAAUCAAUAGCAGAAUAACUGAGGCAGAAGAACGGAUAAGCGACCUGGAAGACAGAAUGGUGGAAUUGACUGCUGCGGAACAGAAUUAAAAAAAAAAGGAUGAAAAGAAACGAAGACAGCCUAAGAGACCUCUGGGACGACAUUAAACGCAACAACAUUCACAUUCUAGGGGUCCCAGAAGAAGAAGAGAGGGAGAAAGGACCCGAGAAAAUAUUUGAAGACAUUAUAGUCGAAAACUUCCCUAACAUGGGAAAGGAAAUAGGCACCCAAGUCCAGGAAGCUCAGAGAGUCGCAUACAAGAUAAACCCAAGGAGAAACAUGCCGAGACACAUAGUAAUCAAAUUGGCAAAAAUUAAAGACAAAGAAAGAUUAUUGAAAGCAGCAAGGGAAAAAUGACAAAUAACAUACAAGGGAACUCCCAUAAGGUUAACAGCUGAUUUCUCAGCAGAAACUGUACAAGCCAGAAGGGAGUGGGCAUGACAUAUUUAAAGUGAUGAAAGGGAAGAACCUACAACAAGAUUACUCUACCCGGCAAGGAUCUCAUUCAGAUUCGAUGGAGAAAUCAAAAGCUUUACAGACAAGCAAAGCUCAGAGAAUUCAGCACCACCAAACCAGCUCUUCAACAAAUGCUAAAGGAACUCCUCUAAGUGGGAAACACAAGAGAAGAAAAGAACCUACAAAAACAAACCCAGGGCUUCCCUGGUGCCGCAGUGGUUAAGAAUCCGCCUGCCAAUGUGGGGGACACGGGUUCGUGCCCCGGUCCAGGAGGAUCACAUGCCGCGGAGCAGUUAGGCCCGUGAGCCACAAUUACUGAGCCUGUGCAUCUGAAGCCUGCGCUCCACAAUGGGAGAGGCCGCGACAGUGAGAGGCCCACGCACCGUGAUAAAAAAAAAACCCAAAAAACCAUAACAAUUAAGAAAAUGGUAAUGGGAACAUAUAUAUCAAUAAUUACCUUAAACGUGAAUGGAUUAAAUGCUCCAACCAAAAGACACAGGCUCGCUGAAUGGAUACAAAAACAAGACCCAUAUAUAUGCUGUCUACAAGAGACCCACUUCAGACCUAGGGACACAUACAGACUGAAAGUGAGGGGAUGGAAAAGGAUAUUCCAUGCAAAUGGAAAUCAAAAGAAAGCUGGAGUAGCAAUACUUGUCUCAGAUAAAAUAGACUUUAGAAUAAAGAACGUUAGAAGAGAAAAGGAAGGACGCUAUAUAAUGAUCAAGGGAGCAAUCCAAGAAGAAGAUAUAACAGUUGUAAAUAUAUACGCACCCAACAUAGGAGCACCUCAAUACAUAAGGCAACUGCUAACAACUAUAAAAGAGGAAAUUGACAGUAACACAAUAGUGGGGGACUUUAACACCUCACUUACACCAGUGGACAGAUCAUCCAGACAGAAAAUACGGAAACACAAGCUUUAAGUGACACAACAGACCAGAGAGAUUUAAUUGAUAUUUAUAGGACAUUCCAUUCAAAAACGGCAGAUUACACUUUCUUCUCAAGUGCACACAGAACAUUCUCCAGGAUAGAUCACAUCUUGGGUCACAAAUCAAGCCUCAGUAAAUUUAAGAAAACUGAAAUCAUAUCAAGCAUGUUCUCUGACCACAACGCUAUGACAUUAGAAAUAAAUUACACGGAGAAAAACGUAAAACACACAAACACGUGGAGGCUAAACAGUAUGUUACCAAAUAACCAAGAGAUCACUGAAGAAAUCAAAGAGGAAAUCAAAAAUACCUAGAGGGCUUCCCUGGUGUCACAGUGGUUGAGAGUCUGCCUGCCGACGCAGGGGGACACGGGUUCGUGCCCUGGUCCGGGAAGAUCCCACAUGCCGCGGAGCGGUUGGGCCCGUGAGCCAUGGCCGCUGAGCCUGCGUGGCCGGAGCCUGUGCUCCGCAGCGGGAGAGGCCACAACAGUGAGAGGCCUGCGUACCACAAAAAAAAAAAAAAAAAAAAAA